CACCCCCAAAAAUUACCAAACAGGCUCUAAUAGUCUUCCCUACAGCCCCGCGCUAAAACCCCAACUGAUUCCCAGAACGCAUUGAUCACCUGAAGAAAUCAAACCCAAUGUGGCGGAAAAACACAUUCACGGAGAAUCAAGAUUCUGAUCAAAGCAUCUCCGAAGAGGAAUAUUUGGACGGAGACUGGGCAAAAAAUUGUGUGUCAUUAGGUGGCCCCGAGGAAAAGAAGGGGGGAAUCCAAGUUCUUUCUCAGCUUGAUUUACUGAAAGAUGCCUGUGAACUUGGAAAUGCAGCCAAGACAACCAUCUCAGCUCAGAAGGUGAAAACAGAUUUGGGUAUUGAAGAUGAGGUUGAGUUUCCUGUCUUUAAUAACGAGGAUGAUUUUAUCCGCUUUCCAAGAAUAUAUGUGUGCAACUCAGAGGAAGAAAUUCUACCUGAUGGUGGGGAAGUUAGUCGUCCAAGCUUUGGAAGGGCAAAGAAGGAUAUUGCCAGCACAUGGUUUGCAGCAAGUAGAGAAGCCGAGGCACUAGCUCACUUAAAUGAAAAUGCUGGGUGUUCUUCAUCCUUUAACCUUUCUUCUACAGUGAACAGAUCCUCUAAAGGUGGCCGAGGCAAAGCUAAGCCUAAGUUUUCAUUCCAAUUUCAGUCACAUAGGGAAGAUCUUUCUCGGGCUGUUAAUAACAAUGAUGAGACAGACUCUUCAUUGAAUCCAUUGAUUAACAAGAGCAAAAACAAAAACAAUUCAGUGCCAGAGCACUUGGAGGUUUUUCAGGAAGAAAAACUAGUAGAGCCAGAGAUUCAUGAGAUGCCAGCUGUUGUGGCAAUUGGGCAUGAUCAUGGCGAGCAUUCGAUGGCUGAGCUUCUAGACUGCUUUCAGGAAAAGAAUGGUCAGCUAGAGGAAAGAUUUAAAGUGCAUAGUAGGCCAAAAGGAAGAAGAGUGCAGUUUGUUGAUGGGAGAAGUUUAUCUCCCUUGACAGAGAUGGAUAUGGAUGAGGAUGAGGAUGACCCAGUUGAGGCUUUGGAUGGUGGAUUAUCAAGUGGGGACGAGUUCGAGGAGAAUCCUGAAAAUCUAAAGCUUUUUGUCCUGGGUUCUGAACGAAAAACUAUGGCUGAUCGAUUUGAGGAUGCUUUGGGUGCUGCUCCUAUGGAUGAUGAGGGGCCACUCUUUGCGUUUCCUAGAAAAUCUGGCUCUGGAUUAUUUGGAAAGUUGCAGCAGGUAAUGCAGAGUGAGAAGGAAAGAGACAUGUGCUUCUUAAAGAGGCAACAGAGAGAAGCUUGCUCGAAUGAUGAAGCAAGCAGCAUUGACGUGAGAAUCUUGUCAAGGUGUCUAGAGGCAAAGCUGACUGUAUGUUGUUGCUCUUUCAGCAGGGAUAAAGAGUGCCAUCAACAGAAGGAUAAUCUACCAACAGUAGACAACAAUGGCGGAAAGACUCUGACUAUCAUCUUUAGCUCCAAAACAUGUUGUGAUGUUGAACUUGAGGUUGGGAACUUGAUUCGCAUCCAUUCACCAUGGUAUGAGCGGAAUUAAAUUGUAUGUUUUGUAUCAACUGAUUUUUCGAAGGUAUAGGUGUCCAAAGUAGUUUACCUACCUUUGUCGAGCAGCUCAAUUUUACUUUUGCUUGGUUUUAUGAAUCGAAUUAAUUUUUGGUUGCGUGAAUCUGUAUGCAGGAAAGAAGUGCACGUCAUGGGAAAUAAUGAGAUCAUCAUUUUGUCAACGUAUUUUUCCCAUAUUUCGAUUUGAUUAAAUAUUUUUGCAUCAAAGCUCUUGGUUUGUCUUUGGCCUCUGUGCUGGUCUCCAAUCGAACGAAGUGGAGAGAGCUUUUGUGCAAAUCUGGCCACAAUGAAAUUAACUUGGGUUACAGAGCACACGAUGAAGGCAUCCAAAAGAACAUAUAUGUAAAUAGGUGCUGAAUGUAACAGCUCUUAGUAGACCUACUUCCUUAUAUUUCUAUUUGAGACUACCUCGGAUCACGGCCAAUACUCUCAUGGUGAAGGAGAGUGGUGCAAUCAUGAAGUGUAUAGUCACAUAGACGUGGCUUAGUUGCAAUUGCAAUCCUGAUUUCUGUUGCUAAAUUCCUAUUUUCUUUCGCAUCCAAUGCUGCAAAUCACUUU